AAAUGUCAAAGAAAAUCUCGAAAUCCCUGAGAGAUUAUCUCAUCAAAAUCAAACCCCAACGUUCCAUGGUUCAAUUAUCCUCUAAGAAAUGGGUCCCCAAAGGUUGCAAGCAUCCUAGGACUUCUUCUAUCGACAUGGACAGCAACAAAAACAUCACCAAAAAAAACACCACCAACGCCAAGGACGACGAAGCCAUGUUAGCAGACAUUGAUCGCUUUCUCAUCGAGAAUUUCAAGAACCUAUUCCUCGAUCGUGAAGAAACCACCACCAACAAUGAAUCCAAAGAACAAAAUUCUCCCAAACUAGACUCUGUCAGAUUUGACUCUUCUCUAAGGUUCGAUGAUUCGCCACUGAACCUCUACACAGACACAACAACCGAAGCAGGACUAUCCAGUUUGACCAUGUCUGAGCCCGAGAGCACGGAGGAACAAACCACCGUUCUGAGUAAUUGCGUGGUGGUUUUGGCCAACUCCGCCAGACCCACCGAGGAUUUCCGUCGGUCCAUGGAGGGCAUGGUUGAAGCAAGAUUGAAGAAGAGUGAAAAGGUAGAUUGGGGCUUCAUGCAGGAGCUUUUGUUCUGUCACAUGAAUCUGAACCAGAAGAAGUGGCACAAGUUCAUUCUCAGCGCCUUCGUGGAUAUCGCCACCACCCUCCGCCAGACACCGGAGAUUUCUCCGGCGAACCCCCAGCCGCCGCGGAGCGUUCGGACUGUUAGAAUCGGAAGAGAAGUGAGGAAGAAGACAAAGGAAGCAAUCACCUUGGAAUUUGGGUCACCCUAA